UGAAGAUGAAGAAUAAACAGUGUAGGGGAAAAAAAAGAGAAAGAACAGAAGCGCCAUUCAGGGUUUAAGCCCCAAAACCUUUUUCCACCCGGUCCACGUCCACCGCCACCGCCACCGCCACCACAAUGGUGGCAGCCUUGCUCCACCUCUUCCUCCUCCGCAGACGCCUCAAAGUUCCAAACUUUCUCAUUUCUGGCAAUCAUCAGUACACUAUCCUUCCCAAAGUAUCAUUCUCUUCUCUCUCUUCUUCUCCCCAACCCCAAAACCCUUUAAGACCGCCGGAGCCAAUCCCAAAGCCCUCUUCUUUAUCCGCUCGUAUGAGCUUUGUUUUCGACCAAAUUGACGCAAUCGAGAAAGAACGAUCGCAGAAAGACCAAACCCUCCAACGAAUUCGGGCCUGGAGGGAAUCCAAGAAGCAACCCGCCAAGGAAAUUAUCCCUGACCCAGUUGAGGCAAAUGAAGCAGGAAAAAGUUUAGGAGAAAUUGAAUUCACGAAGAAGGAGGAGGUUAGGGAAAAUGUGGGACUUCUUGAUAGUAAGAGGGAAGUGGAGUUGGUUCAUCCCUGGCCGGAAUGGAUUGAAUUGAUGGAGAGGUUAGUGCAGCAGAACUACUUUGAUCAUAAGAGAAAAGAUGAAGAGGGAAUGAUUGAGAACUUGGGAUUCAAUUUACCUGAAAUGGUUGAGGAGGAAGGCUUUGAUUUUACAAGGGAUUUCAAAACUGUUCAGACAGCUAUGUUGAAUUUUGGGCGCGAUCGUUUCGAUAUAAUGAGGUCAUUGUCAAGACAGGACCUUCAAAUCUUGGUUGGUUAUGGUUGCCCCAGUGCGGACAAGAAGGUGGUUUUCUCUUCAAAACUGUUAAGGAAACAUGUCCACCUGGAUGAGGGAGAUGUUUGCAGUGCCUGCAGUUUGAGGAGCACUUGUGAACGAGCAUAUUUGAUAACCAAUAAAGAAGAUGAAGCUAGGACUAUCGAUGUCAUGCGUGUAUUAUUGGCGUAUGGUUUUGAUGCUGUAAAUGGAUCUGUUACAAAUAAGUCUCUGCUGAAGAGAAAAUCUCUGAAGAAUGUUGUUCGUAAAUUGAUUCACGAAGUGGUGAAGUUGAGUGCAGUGCCAAUAGAUCCUAAUCUUCCCCCUCCUGUGAUCAAAAAGCCUCCACCAAAGGUGAAGCAACCACCUCCCCCUCCAAAGAAACGUGUUGGACGGGAUGACAUUGAAAUGAAAAAGGGUGAUUGGCUUUGUGUGAAGUGCGACUUCAUGAAUUUCGCCAAGAAUACAGUCUGCCUACAGUGUGACGCCAACCGUCCAAAGAGACAGCUACUUCCUGGAGAAUGGGAAUGCCCUCAAUGCAAUUUCCUGAAUUAUCGAAGAAACACGAUAUGCUUCCAUUGUGAACACAAGCGUCCCCCUGAAGAAUUUGCAGAGAAUCCAAUGCAAGAGGGGCAGCAUAGUCCCAGGAGAAUGGAAAAGAAAUCUGGCAGGCCAGAGAUUUCUAAUGCAUGGAAUUUCGACUUUGAUGACAAUGAAUCUGAUGGGGCUGAUGUUGCUGCAUUCGAGUAUGGAGAUUCCAAAUUUCGAAAGGAAGAAUUUAAUGUUGAUAAGCAAGCUCGUGGAAAUUUUAAUAGGGCACCUGAAGACGGAGGUGGCAGACCUUCUAGGUACUCUGAGAGGGAGUAUGUUGAUGCUGGUCCUAGUAAACCCAGAUUGGGAUUUGAUGAUUUUGAUGAUGAAGAUGAUGAUUUGGAUAGUUAUGAGCUGGAUACUCGAAACGAUGUACAUAAGGCUUCUGCUGUGAAUUUUUCUGAGCUUGAGGUAGACUCGUUUUCCGAAGACGACGAUGAUGACACAACAAACCUUGAGAGGACAGCUCACCACAAGUCCAGGGGCUGGACCCAAAAUAAGCAACAUGACUCUUAUUCAGAAGAUGAAGACAAAUUUGCCCACAGUAGGAAUACUCGUUCACAUUCCAGUCAUCGGAACCAAAAUAUGCCAUCUCAUUCGAGGCAUCAAGUGGGCUUCUCUGGUUCUGAUUCCGAGAUGGAUUUUGGUUCAGAUGAUGACCUUCCAAUUCAUCCUAACUGGAAAACUAGCCAUGUCAAUCAGAGAAGCAGAGGAAGAGGUUCAAUGAGCUUUGGUUCAGGUGAUGACCUCAGCUCUGACGGUGACGUUGAAGAUGAUUUUGGAAUGAGGCAGAAAAUAGGGAAUAAGUUGAGCUCGAACAGGGGUUCUAGAAAGCAACAACGAUUCAAUAGUGGUGAUGAAGCAUCCUCUGAUAUGGAAUUCAAUGAUAGUGGCCGUUUUAAGAAGAAAAGUUCCGGUGGUGGCAAAGUAGGUUUACAUGGCCGAGGAACAACUGAUCGUGGUGUGGGCAGAAAAAGAAACUCCACUGGGGAUGGCUUUCCUCAAUCUUCUCGAUCUUCACGUGGUCCUCGAGGUAAAAAAUUUGAAGAUGAUGAUGGUGGCUACAGAACUAGUUCGAGCAAUGGUCGUUUCAAAAAUCUUGGAAACCAAAGAAGAGAAGGGUCUCAUAAACAGAGACAAGACAGAUAUAGUAGUUCCAACAGACAAGAUGGUAGAAAUCUUGGAAACCAAAGAAGAGAAGGGUCUUAUAAACAGAGGCAAGACAGAUAUAGUAGUUCCAACAGACAAGGGGAUACUUAUUUCGAUGAUGAAAGAUUCCAAAGACCCCGGGUAAAUGUUAGAUAAGAGCUAUUGCUUCAGUCAUCGUUUAAAAUCCUAUGCAUCAAGUUGCUUGUAAAGAAAUGGAGUUGUUCUCCCCUUCUCAAAAGACAAAGCAAAACAGGUUUGACAAGCUGUUCAAAAGGCAGCCUAGUAACAGGAGCCACAAGGUGUGGCUGCCAGAGAAGGCUUGGUUCCCGAAAGCCGAGACUGUGUUGCGGUAUAGGUGCAUGAUCAACCUCCGAUGCGGGAGAGGGCAGAAUAUAAGAGUUGCCUCAGAAAUCAGAAGGGGUUGAAGAGAUGCUAGGCUGGAGCCGUGCUUUGAAGUUAACUAUGUGACUAAUAUGUUGAGCUGAGUUGGUAAAGAGAGUUCAAAAUUAAAGAGUUGAUCAGCUACAGUCCGAAUUUUUUUUGACACACUGUAGUCGGGCGUUUCUUCUUUUUUCCCAUCUGUUGUAGUAUAUCGUUAAUUAUUUCGCAAUUUCACUCGUUGCUUCACAAAUUUCACUUACAGGACUAAACGAGAAGAGUUUAGUAGGUUCCAAAAUGUAAAAUGUUAAAAACCUUGGGAACAUUUGCGACAGAAAUGUGGACUCCUACACUCGUUCCUCUCAGAAAGAGUUCUAUUGUCUUGUUUGUGGAUCAUAACAAUUGUUUUGAGACGAACAUGGUUAUGAAUAUCAGCUCAAAACGUUGGG